AUGAAUAAUUCUGAGGUUGACUCAUUUGGUAACCCAGUGGAAACAACCCAACAAAAUGAGAUUCAGCAACAACCUGCAGAUAAUAUUGAGCCAGUUGAAACCAGCAGUUCUGAGAAAAAAUGGAAAAUUAUUAAUUAUAUUGGAAUGUUACUCAUAGGAUUAAUUAAUAACCUUCCAUAUUGGGUUGCAUAUGCUAACACACAAGCAAUUUGCACUCAUUUCAAUAAAGAUGGUUAUAUUGGUGCUGUAUCUUGGGGAAUCGUUAUUUUAUCAAUCUUUGCAACACUCGGAAAUGCAUUUCUUACAAGUAAAAAUGUUUCUUACAAUAUCAGAUCGAUAAUAAAUGGAGCUUUUAUGUUUGUUGGACUUAUCGGUACAGCUGUUGCUCCAAAUAUCUUUGUAGCUAUCUUAUUUAUAGCAUUUGUCGGUGUUUCUUCCGACUUUGGAGAAGGCGUUAUGCUUGGUUACUUUGCAUCACUAGAUAAUGACGCUUUACUUGGUGCCUGGGGUAUUGGAACCGGAAUUUCAGGUGUUUUCGGUGCAGGGUACUCUCUUAUUUGCCAAAAAUUCAAAGUAUCGUAUUUCCUAUCUUUCAUUUGCAUGUCUCCAACAGGAAUUUUAUAUCCAUUGAUCUUUAUUCUCAUGCUAAAGAAUCCAAAUACAGCUACAAAAGUUCCUGAACAAGAGGAACCAGAGAAAUUAGAAGAUAUCGAACAAAACGACGCAGCUAUUGACAAACAAGAUGAAGAAGAGAAAGUUCCAUUCUGUUCAUGCUCAAAUUGGUACAAAUCUCUUCGUUUCAUUCUCAACAACCUCGCAAUGUUUUGUUUCCAAUACAUUUCUCUUAUUGGAUUAACAGAUUGCUCAAUGACAAAGAAGCAGAAAGUCGACGAACCUUUCAUAUUUGGCUACUUCUCAAUCUGCUACCAAUGCGGUGGCUUGAUCGGUCGCUCAAUUAAAAAAUGGUUCUUAAUUAAGAAAUUAGAAAUCACAACAGUGAUAACAGGAUGCCUAUUUGUGAUUAUGCUUGUCAAUGCAAUUGUCGUGUUCAUUGCGCCAAUCUAUAUGCUGAUUCCUCUGUUUUUAAUCGGAUUCUUCGGAGCAAUCAGUUACAUGUCCGUGUUUGCAGUCAUUAUGGAAGUUCCAAAUACAACACAGAAAGAGCGCGAGAUCAUUACAAACUACGCUUCCGUUUUUAUCGGAGGAUCAAUUCAAGUUUCGUCGCUCAUCACUCUGCUACUGCAAAAUGUUAUUAUAAAGAAACAAUGCAGUAGAGAAUAA